ACCCCUCCGCGCUUCUCCGCCUUCUACUAUCGGCUUUCUCCGCCGUCCUCUUCCCGGCAACCGCAACGAUGGAGCCUGACGUCAGCAUCGACACAAGCUCCAUUAUCCGGAUCGCCGUCCUCCCGAUCGGAACAAUCCACCUACACCUUUUCCGCAAAUACGCCGGGAUGCUCGGACGCCACCACAAGAUCGAACUCUCAACUAUCACUUCUUUCUAUACUGAACACCAAAAAUCUCCAUUUUCUCAACAACCGUGGGAAUCCGGUAGCCUAAAGUUCAAGUUCAUUGUAGGUGGAUCGCCGCCGAGUCCAUGGGAGGAUUUCCAAUCGAACAGGAAAAUUCAUGGCGUUAUCGGAAUCUGUCAUUGUCCGUCUUCGCCUGAUCUCGAUAGUGUCGUUGAGCAAUUUGCUGCGGCGUGUAAGGGAUACUCUUCUUCUCUUGUUCAACGGUGUUUUGCCUUUUCCCCUGGAGAUACACAGCUAGCAGAUGGGAAUAACAAAGGAAAUAAAUUGGUUUUGUUUCCUCCUGCUGACCAGCGGACUCAGGAAAUUCACUUGCAAACAAUGAUGCAAGAUAUUGCUGCUUCACUUCUAAUGGAAUUUGAGAAGUGGGUUCUUCAAGCAGAAUCUGGUGGAACCAUUCUAAAGACGCCUUUAGAUUCUCAAGCCAGUCUCAGCUCAGAGGAGGUGAUCAAAGCAAAAAAGAGGAGACUUGGCCGAGCGCAGAAAACAAUCGGAGAUUAUUGUUUACUAGCUGGAUCACCUGUUGAUGCCAAUGCCCAUUAUUCUACUGCUUUAGAACUUGCCAGGCUGACUGGGGAUUACUUUUGGUAUGCUGGCGCAUUGGAAGGUGGCGUUUGCGCCUUGCUGAUGGAUAAAGCAGUUCAGAGGGAUCCAAUUAUAGAGGAGGAGGUCAAGUAUCGUUACAACAGUGUCAUCUUGCAUUACAGGAAGUCAUUUAUACAAGACAACGCUCAGAGGGUUUCACCCCUCAGUUUUGAACUGGAAGCUACUUUGAAAUUGGCAAGAUUCCUAUGCAGACGAGAGCUGGCUAAGGAGGUAGUGGAGCUUUUGACUUCUGCUGCAGAUGGAGCAAAAUCUUUGAUUGAUGCAAGUGAUAGAUUAAUAUUAUACAUCGAGAUAGCUCGUCUAUAUGGAACUCUUGGCUACCAUAGGAAAGCUGCCUUUUUUUCCAGGCAGGUGGCUCAGCUAUAUUUGCAACAAGAAAACAGUUUGGCUGCUAUUAGUGCCAUGCAAGUAUUGGCGCUGACUACAAAAGCUUAUCGUGUUCAAAGUAGAGCUUCCAUUCCAAAACACGCUAUUUACAAUGAUGUUGGGUCAUCUAUCGCUGAUGGUGGGAAAAUGCAUCAUCACUUGGUAGUAUCUCUGUUUGAGUCCCAAUGGAGCACCCUGCAGAUGGUUGUACUAAAGGAGAUACUUCUCUCAGCUGUCCGUGCUGGAGAUCCUCUUGCUGCAUGGAGUGCUGCAGCACGUCUAUUAAGAUCUUACUAUCCUCUAAUCACACCUUCAGGGCAAAAUGGGCUUGCAAGUGCCUUGAACAAUUCUGCAGAGAGGCUUCCAUCUGGAACUCAUUGUGCUGAUCCUGCCUUACCUUUUGUCAGGUUGCAUUCAUUUCCUCUGCAUCCAUCACAGAUGGAUAUUAUAAAACGGAACUCUGGAAGAGAAGAUUGGUGGGCAGGAUCAGCUCCUUCAGGACCUUUUAUUUAUACACCAUUCAGCAAAGGAGAUUCAGUCAACAGCAGUAAGCAAGAGCUAGUUUGGGUUGUUGGAGAACCGGUUCAGGUGUUGGUGGAAUUAGCGAACCCAUGUGGUUUUGACUUGCUGGUUAAUAGCAUAUAUCUUUCGGUGCAUUCUGGAAAUUUUGAUGCAUUUCCAAUCAGUGUUACUCUUCCCCCUAAUUCCUCUAAAGUGAUCAGUUUGUCAGGAAUUCCGACUAAAGUGGGCCCAGUGAAUAUUCCCGGAUGCCUUGUUCAUUGUUUUGGUGUAAUUACUGAGCAUUUCUUCAAGGAUGUUGACAAUUUGCUUCUUGGAGCUGCACAGGGGCUUGUUAUUUCUGAUCCUUUCCGAUGUUGCGGGUCUGGAAAGUUGAAAACCACUACUGUUCCAAACAUUACAGUAGUACCUUCUCUGCCAUUGUUAGUCUCACACAUUGUCGGUGGUGAUGGUGCUGUCAUAUUAUAUGAAGGUGAGAUCCGUGACCUCUGGAUUAGUGUGGCUAAUGCUGGCACAGUUCCCGUUGAGCAGGCACAUAUCUCUUUAUCAGGGAAAAAUCAAGAUUCUGUCAUAUCCAUUGGCUAUGAAGCAUUGAAAUCUGCUCUUCCACUAAAACCUGGUGCUGAAGUGACCAUACCAGUCACCUUGAAAGCUUGGCAGCUUGGCUUGGUGGAUCUUGAUAAUAUUGCUACCAAGAGCACAUCUGUAAAGGCAACAAGGCCACUAAAGGAUGCAAGCAGCCCAAUGUUAUUGAUCCAUUAUGCAGGUCCUGUAGAAAACCAUGGAGAGCCACCAGAAAGUGUUAAUGUCGUGCCACCUGGUCGGCGUCUGGUGACCCCCCUAAACAUCUGUGUUUUGCAGGGCCUGUCCUUUGUAAAAGCUCGCUUGCUGUCAAUGGAAAUUCCUGCACAUGUGGGAGAAAUUACCGAAAAUGCGCUGGAUGGUGUUUCUGCCGAUAACAGUAGUGAUUCCUCAAGACAUGCAUCAGAUAGGUUGGUGAAAAUUGAUCCCUACAGGGGAAGCUGGGGCCUACGGUUUCUUGAACUCGAGCUGUCUAAUCCCACCAAUGUCGUGUUUGAGGUUGGUGUCUCUGUCCAGCUUGAGAAAGGAAAUAUUGAGGACAGUUGUUCAGAAUUCGAUUAUCCUAAAACAAGAAUAGACAGAGAUUACACUGCAAGAGUAUUAAUACCAUUGGAGCAUUUCAAACUACCCGUCCUCGAUGGUUCUUUUCUUGUCACAAAUUCACGGUCAAAUGGGGAUGUUGGUAAAAGUGCAAGCUUUUCAGAGAAGAACAAGAAAGCCGAACUCAAUGCUUCUAUAAAGAACCUGAUUUCGAAAAUUAAGGUUAGGUGGCUAUCUGGACGGAAUAGUUCAGGAGAAUUGCAUAUCAAGGAUGCUACACAGGCUGCCCUUCAGACAUCAGUGAUGGAUGUUUUACUACCAGAUCCUUUGACCUUCAGUUUCCGGCUUGUUAAAGACUCACCCAAGGGUCCUGUGCUGGCACAUGACAUGACCCCCAUGGAAGUUUUUGUUCGCAAUAACACCAAGGAUUCUAUCAGUAUGAGUCUUAGUAUUACAUGCAGAGAUGUAGCAGGUGAAAACUGCAUUGAAGGCACCAAUUCUGCUGUGCUAUGGUCGGGUGCUUUAAGUGGCAUGAAAGUGGAUGUUCCUCCACUUGAAGAGAUUAAACAUUCAUUCUGUCUGUAUUUUCUUGUGCCGGGUGAGUACACACUGUUGGCUGCUGCAGUAAUAGAUGAUCCUAAUGAAAUUCUGAGGGCUCGUGCACGAUCUUCUUCACCUGAUGAGCCAAUCUUUUGUCGAGGACCACCUUAUCAUGUCCGCGUAAAUGGUACUCUCUAAACCUUUUUAUUUCCACAUUCGCGAUUCGGCUAUAACAACUUUAUGUUGCAUACCAACUGUUCAACAUUCUCUCUCUACAUAUACAUGCAUGCAUACAUACAUAUAUAGAUACAUAUGUGUGUGUGUAUGACUGGAGUAUGCGCAUUUGUUUGUACUAUGUUGUAAAGUUUCAAACUUGUGCAUCAUGAUGUGUAUUUGUUCAAAAAACCCGUGUGUAUGCAAGGACUUUAGGAGAAGUUGGUCAUUCUUUCUUUA